CAAUUUUAAUCCCAAAAUUCUCUAAAGAAUCUCAAGCUUUUUAUUUAUUUAUCUCAUUUCUAUGAAAUCACCCCAAAAAAAAUAUUUGUAGAUAAGAAAAACUCAAUUUUACGGCUAAGGAAAAUAAGAAAGUUUGCAUUGAUUAUUGUUUGAUUAAUAUCACGGCUAAGGAAAUUAGAAAGUUGGUAGUCAUUGUGAUUCUCUGCUUGGUGUCGAAGAAUCGGGGGAUCUUCACGGCUGCUUUCACGGGAUGUUCAUGACUCGAUGUUUUUGGGAAGUGAUAUUAUUUCGAUUCAGAUUCGUUUUGAUUAACAAUGGAGACUGACUGAGAUUCAGGGUUCUUUUUUGGAAGCAUUAAUCGUGAGUUUUUGGGUUUAUACGUAUCACGGAGAUAUCAUUUGCAAUUACUCUGCCAAAUCGCAGAGAUUCUCAAGCCGAUGGUUUUGUGCAGUCUCCUCUCCUCAGUACAACACAUUUGUUUUCAAGUUCUCAGCUCUUGUUUGUCCUUUCUACUUAUCUUUUUGGAGUGUUUUUGUUUUUCUGGUGAGUUCGAUCAUGCCUCAGAGUGAUCUUUUGGGAAAAUCUGGGUCGGGUAAGAGUGAUGUAGGAAUGGUACCAAAACGGAGAAUCAAAAUUCCUUAUUUUGAUAGCUCUGCUCUGAUACCGGGGUACUCAAAAACUGUUGUGGGUCGCUGUAUGAAUCCUCGGAUGCAGGACAUGAAAUCCCUUCUGUUCAUGCUCCCCAGGAUCUGUCAUUUGGAAAGAAAGGUUGUAGGUGCGGAUUUAGGUCUUGGGAAGUUCCAGUUCGACUUCGACAAUGAAUAUGACAUCACGAAGAUUCUCCAAAUGGCUCCAUUUCAUUUCGAUCGUUGGAUGGUGUCUAUGGUACGUUGGAGUCCAACGGUUGAUCCGACUUAUCCUUCGGAGUUAACCUUCUGGAUUAAAGUUUGGGGUGUUCCUUUCCAAUUCUGGGCUGAACCAACCUUCCGCAGCAUAGGUUCAGAACUUGGCCAAGUGGUGGCGGUUGACAUCGACGGUGGAAGGAUUAAAGUCACAAUUAAUGGCUUUAAACCCUUAUGUUUUGAAACGGUGAUCGAGUUCUACAAUGGAGAAGAGACCAUUGUUACUCUACGGUAUGAGAGGCUUCAAGGUUUCUGUAAGAAAUGCUUCAGUCUCUGUCACGAUGUUGACCAAUGCCUUUGUGGACCUCAUCCCGGAUCACUCCGGGCCUUCACAUCCCUAUGGAGGAGGACACGGGUCGUGUGGUGCAGAGCUACAAAGGGGCUGCUACAAAUGAUAGGAACAAAGGUAAAGGUAAGGCGGUGGUGGAGGACAAAGGGACGACUCACACAUGUAACAGUCAGCGGUCACUCAAGGGAAAGCAAGACUCAGGGAUUAAGAUCCGGUCUGAGGGGGAAGUUGGGGAUCAUUCAGCUAAGCCUUGUCGGUUCACCAACUACGCGCAGUUCAAUGAUCACCGCCACUUGGUUCGAGCUGCUGCGGCUGUAGUUUCGUCUUUGGGAACAACACGGGUUGAAGAGGUGGAACAAGGUCAGAUUAUGGUCCCAGAUGAGCAAGGGGAGUCACAGUCCUUGACUACUGGUAUCCCACCAUUAAAGCGGGUUAGGAGACCUCUAUUCCAUGAUCCAGACUUGGCCACUCAAUCUGACCAGGGAGAGGGGUCUGUACCCGGUAUGGUGCCAAAUACGACUGCUUCAGGCUCAUCUAUUCCGAGUUAUGACUUGACAGAUACACGGUCAGCUUCUCUCGGGGUAUCACAGGUUGUCUCAGCAGAAGGAAAUGUUGGUGAUCCCCUGGCGGUUACAAAUGCAUCAGGUUUGUCAUUGGGACAUGAAAACCAGAUUGUAGCAGAGGAAGCGCUUGUGAAACCCGUUGCUCAAUUGGGGAUUCAGGAUGGGACCGUGGAAGUAAACCACCAGGAACUCGCUACUGAUCAGAAGGAUGAUGACGGUAUGGAUGCUUCACGGGAUGACUCUGUCUUGGACGGGAUCGUUCCAGAUAUUUUCGUUCUCGGAGAAGAGGACGCUAUUUCAGGGGACGAUACCACGAACAUGUGUGUUGAUGAUGCUUCUGAACCUGCUGCUGUUCCUCAGGUUGAUAAGGUUCGUAAGGCAAAACCUUCGCUGGCUUUCAAAGGAAAUGCUUCUAAGAAAUUGAAUGUGUACCUGCGCACAACACCAAGGAAACGCCCUGCUCCUAAACACUCAGGCUGGAGAUGGAGCAAACCCGAAAAACCAGGAACAGGAGAAGGGACCAACCGGUGGCUCUAAGCCACCCAAACCACCACUGGAUAAAUGAAGAUUUUAAGCUGGAAUUGUCAAGGAUUGGGGAAUAAAGCUACUAUUGGGUAUCUCAUGGAUUUAUGGGAAAAGCAUAGACCUGACUUUCUAUUUUUAUCUGAAACUAGACAGUCUUUAUCUUUUUUGGAACCUUUUGUUAGUCAUUUUGGUUAUUCAAAUUAAAAAAUGGUUGAUCUUAUCGG